AUGUUGAAGUCGAUUGGACGACGUAUCCUAACUAUGGAUCAACUACUAACCUUACUAACAGAAGUUGAAGCAUGUCUCAAUACACGACCAUUGACUUACCAAGAAACUGAUUAUAAAAACACUUUGCAUUGUCUGCGCCCAAUCGAUUUUAUCCAGAACGAGAUAGACAUCACACUUCCACUCACAAAUUUCGAGGAAAGUCAAGAUGAUCCAUCUUAUUACCCAUCUAGUGAGGCAGCUCGCCUCAACACUCAUCUACAAACAAUUAGAGCAUUGCAAUCAUCCUGCGCUCUUUCCGAACGCUACUGGAAAAUAUGGAAGGACGCAUAUUUAACCGCCUUGCGAGAACAACAUCGACGUCACAUGAGCAAAAAAAGAGGAUGCAACCGUCAACCGACCAUUGGAACGGUUGUUCUUAUAAUUUACUCCUGCCAGAAAAGAAACAACUGGAAGUUAGGAAGGAUCACAAAAUUGGUGCAAAGUAGCGACGGUGAAAUAAGAGAAGCUGAAGUCUUCUGCGGAAAAAAACACCUUCAUACGUCGACCGGUAAACCAACUGGUCCCACUUGA